AUGGAUAGGCGUCAUCUUACUGUGGUGGAGACACCUGAAGAAGCCGAUUACGCUCUUCUCCGUCUUGGGGCUCCCUAUGAACCGCGAAACGGCACGGUCGAGAGGAAUUUCCACGCCGGGUCCCUGACCUACCCUCCAAGCGAGCAGGAGCGUCAGGCAGCGAUUUACAGAAGCGUCCCAACCAUUGUUGACAUGCUCCUGGACCGACCCGCCAUUAUACCUGAAGUCGUCGAAGGCACCUCCGCGCUUCUUGGCAGCUAUGGCAGCAGCCCAGAUGCGUUCCUAGAUAUCGUCUUUGGCAUUGCUGCACCCGAGGGCAAACUUCCUUUUGACUUACCCCGGUCAAUGGAGGCUGUGAGAGCGAGCAUGGAGGACGUGCCGUUCGAUACUCGUGACCCGGUGUUCAAGUUUGGCCAUGGUCUGAGCUAUUCCACCGGCUGUUCGCCUAAACCUACAUAG